AUGGUCAGGCAGAACGUCAAUUUGAAUGUCCAACGCGAGAACUCAGAUGACCAGGCCAAUAAACUGGACAAACGGGUGGGAAUUUUGCAGGCAGAGAAGCAGAAACUGGAAAAACAGCUAGAGCAGGACAAACUGCUCUCGCAACUCGCAAGGGAACGCAACAGCGAUCUCAUUGCCUCCUUUGCCAGCGAUUACGCCCUCCGCUUCGUGAUCCUCCAAAAGACCAAGGAAGAAGAAGUGAGGGUGGAAUCGGAGUGGACUCCUGAGAUGCUGGCCACCACCAACAUCCUGCUCAUCAAGAAGAACAAUUUCAACAUCUACAAGGAUGUGACGCCCUUCAAAAUCGCAGAAAUGCUUCAGGUACGCCUGGAGAUCAAACCGAUCGUGAAAGAGAUUGUAGCCAAGAAGCAAACAGAGAAAUACCUGAAUGAGCCUGAGCUGCUCUCUGCGGAAGAGAUCACAAGCAUGGGAGAGGACGUGAUGAAAUGGAACAGAGAUAUCGACAGCUUGCUGAGCACCAUCCUCGUCCCCAUCCUUGCCCACCUCAAAAAGCUCAGCAACGCCAAGGAGGGAUACGACAUCAAGAGAGUGUACCAACUGAUCGAAGUCCUGAGCAAGGAUAUUGCCAACCAAAUGAACAAGAUCCUCAACGAAGAGAACCUGAUGUUCAGUUCCUUUGCAGCUUUCAAGUCCUGGUUCGAGAAGGCCGAGGAAGUGUUCAAGAAGUUCGAGGAGAGCAUGAUCAUCGAGGAUAUCAUCAGCAAGUCCAAUGAAAAGGAUUUCCUCUCCACUGCCAGCAUCGAAGAGGGAUAUAACCACUUCAAAGGAAUCAACGUUCUUGACACUUCCAAAGAAGGAGAAGAGGCUCUUCUCCAAGCUGAAAUGUUCAAUGCCCAAAUCGACGUGGCUGAGAGUUACAUCACCAAGAAACUGAGAGAGAAGCUGGGCGGAUCAUCCAACGCCAACGAGAUGUUCCGAAUCUUCUCCAAAUUCAACGGCCUUUUCUUCAGACCCCGCAUAAAAUCAGCCAUCGAGGAGUAUCAAUCCCAACUGCUCAAAACCGUCAAGGAAAGCAUCAACCUGCUCGACAAGAAGUUCCUGCAAUCUUACGUGGAGACCGAAAAUUUCAAGAUCUGCAACGUGAGGGACAUCCCCAUGAAGGCAGGAUCCAUCGUCUGGGCGAAGCAGAUCAAGAACAAGCUGGAAAAAUACAACGACAAAAUCAAGGAAAUUCUGAUGGAGAAUUGGGCCUAGCAUCCCGAAGGAAGAGAGUGCAAGAAUAAAAUCGAUGCUCUUCUGAAGAAACUGAACACUGAGCCGAUCAUGAAGGAAUGGGACAAGGAGACAGCUACUAUCCUCAAGUCCAACGAGCUCAACAAGAAACAGCUCUUCAAAUUGAUCAAAAAGAACAAGUAUGAAGUUGCCGUCAAUUUCGAAACCAAGUAUACCAACCUCAUCAAGGAAAUUCGCUCCUUCGACUCAAUACAACCCAAAAAGUCAAGCGUCCUUUGGACUGGCAAGACCCUCAUCGAUUUCUACCCCUUCGUCGUUUCCCUCCAGGAGUCUAUUCACUCAUACCACCAAGUUUCGGCCAAGAUCGAUGAAAAAGUGCUCAAGCUGGUCGCCGAGAAGAAGAAAGCAGUCAUGCUCUGCAUCAACGAAGGUUUCAACACGUUCUGGAAUGAAAACAACAAGAACGUUGAAAAAUACUCUAAAAAUUUGGCAGAAGUGGUUGAAUUGCAUGAAAUGCAAAGCUUGGUCUGUGACAAAUAUGAAAUCAUCACAUCCACCAUCCAAUCCCUUGCCACUUGCCCACUCAAAGAGGAAGUUCUUUCCGAGAAAUUGAAGGUAAUCCAAGAAAUCAUUGAUGAGUUCAGCAAGCGCGAGGUUUCUAAUCUCCACAUUUGGGUGCCAUAGCUGAACCUCCACCUCUAGAGCAUCUUCGUGAAGAGGCUAGAAGGACUGAUCAAGGAGUGGGUGCAUGAAUUCAUCAGCUUCACCAACAACGAGGACCAGGAGGAGAACAAGUUUGUCUUCGUCACCGAAGGCAUGCGUCUGUAGCUCAAGUCGGAAAACAACGUCUUCUUCCUCGAUCCGCCCCUUGAGCACGCCAAGUUCGUAUGGACUCAAGAGUUCCACAGAGUCAUCGGACUCAUCUGUUCUCUUCCCAGGCUGGAAUCCGACAAGUAUCAAGGAUCACUGGUCAAGAAGGAAAAAGGAAAAGAAAAUUACGAAAACGUUCUUUUCAAGGUCACUCCUCUAAUCCUCUAAAACGCAUACAAGGAUAUUUUCACCAUUCGCAGCGCUGAGGAUUACCUCAAGAUCUGGUUCAACUAUGAGGCCCUUUGGAUCAUCGACGCCAAGAAGAUAUAUGAAAGAUUGGGCGACGACAUCAACAAGUGGCAAGCUCUUCUCAACGAAAUCAGAGAAAACAGACGCACUUUCGACAACAGCCAGACUGAGAAAUCAUACGGUCCUCUCAUCAUCGAUUACAGACUGGUUCUCAACAAGAUCAAUACCAAAUACGAUUCCUGGCAUACGUAAAUUUUGGGCCAUUUUGGUGAAAAAUUCGGAGAAACUCUCAAGACCUUCUUCAACAACAUGCACACGGCCAAGAACAAGCUGGAAAAGAUCAACUUCCAAAACCUUUCAGCGGAUAUCGUGGAGAUGGUCAACGAGUUCCAAACCAUCAAGAAGAAGUACAACUAAUGGUGCAAGGAAGUUGAGAAAUUCGACAGUUCCAACAAGUUGCUGGAAAGACAGAGAUACAAGUACCCUGCUGAUUGGAUGUAACUGGACAAGGUCAUGAUCGAAUGGUCGAACCUGCGCCAAAUCUACAAUCGCAAGGCCAGCCAGCUCGAAAACUAAAUGGACCGUCUCAAGGAAAAGGUCCUAUCCGACGAAAAGCAUCUCAAUGACAAAAUCAGUGAUAUUGAAUCACAGUGGAACAGAGAAAAGCCAAGCACAGCUGCUGACAUCGUCCCCAAGGAAGCACUCACGCUCCUAUAGACUCUUAACACACGCAUCAACAACGUCAGAGACAACUAUUCUCGAUGCUGUGAAGCAAAAGAGUUGCUCGGCCUGUAGCCUGGAAACCUCCAAAAGCUGGAAAACCUUAGAGAAGAUAUUGAACUCUUGAGGGAAGUAUGGAAUCACUUGCAAAUCGUAUGGGCUCCUUACGAGAGCAUCAGGGAAACGCUCAUCACUGCAGUCACCAAGAUCAAGAUCAAAGAGCUGGAAACUGAAGCCGUGAAGGAACUGAACAAGACUCCUGCAAAGCUGAAGCAAAACGAGCCAUUCUAAGCAAUGAAGCAGAAAGUAGGCAUUCCGGGUGGAAGCUACUACCUCAUGAACAAAAAAAUCGCCGAUCUCAAGGAUGAAUGCAUGAAGCCACGCCACUGGAAAUCCCUCCUGAACAAGCUCAACAUCAAUGUUCCUCAAAACUAGAUCACCUUCGGCAGGCUUUGGAAAGCCGACCAACCGCAACGAGUCAAUUACAAGGAAAUUAUGGCUGUUGCUGUCGGUGAGAUGGUGCUCGAGAACAUGUUGGCAAAAGUGAAGGAAAUUUGGCUGCCCAAGGACUUCUAAUUGGUGAGAUACCAAGGCAAGUGCAAUCUCAUUAAAGGAUGGGACGAGAUGUUCGAGCAAUUAGACGAGGAUCUUAACAACCUCUCCAGUAUGAAGCUCUCCCAGUUCUACAAGACAUUCGAAGAGGAAAUCGCACAGUGGGACGAUAAGCUGCAAAAAGUGAGAAUCACUCUUGAUAUUUGGAUCGAUGUGCAACGUAAGUGGGUGUACCUGGAAAGCAUUUUCCUCGGAUCUUCAGACAUCAGAAUGCUCUUCAAUGAAUACACUCGCUUCAAGGGAAUCGACGCAGAAUUCACUUCCCUCAUGAAAAAAGUAUCAUCCAAGCCCAACAUCAUCGAAACUAUGAACAUGCAGGGCCUUCAAAAGACUCUCACCCGCAUCAUUGACAUGCUCAGCAACAUCCAAAAGGCUUUGAGUGAUUACCUAGAGACACAGAGAGCAGCUUUUGCCCGUUUCUACUUCGUAGGUGAUGACGAUCUAUUGUAAAUCAUCGGUAACAGUAAGGACGUCGCCAUCGUCCAGAAGCACUUCACCAAGAUGUAUGCUGGUAUCACAGCCCUCCAAACCAAAAAUCAUACCAGCGACCUUAUCCUGCGCAUGUCCAGCAGGGAAGGUGAAGUUGUAGACUUCAAGAAGUCAGUCAACAUCACAGAAGACCCCAAGAUCAACGUCUGGCUCACCAAAGUCGACAACGAGAUGAGGCUUUCCCUUGCCACCUUCCUCGAAGAAGUCAUGUCCAACAUCACCAAGGUGGAAGAAGAGAAGGAAAAUUUAAACGAAGGAUUACUCAAGAUUAUCGAGAGGAAUCCCGCACAAGUUGUGCUGCUUGGUCUGCAGACGCUCUGGAGCAAGAAGGUGGAAGAUGCGCUUAUCGAAGGAGGAGGGGACAAGCUUACCCAAGUCGAAUCUUACAUCAUGAACUUCCUCACCGUCCUUGCCACCAACGUGGUCGCCGAUCUCAAGAAAGACUUAAGGCAGAAGUUCGAACAGGCCAUCACUGACUUCGUGCAUCAGCGUGAUGUGGUCCGCAAGCUCAUCGCCAACAAGGUAGACUCCAACAAGGUCUUCGCUUGGCUUUACUUCAUGCGCAUGAUCUACUUCCCCAAGGAACAGGAUACCCUUAAGAAGCUUUCCAUUCAAAUGGCCAAUGCCCAGUUCCACUACGGUUUCGAAUACUUGGGUGUCGGAUAAAAAUUGGUCCAGACUCCUCUCACGGAUCGUUGCUUCUUGACUCUUACCCAAGCCAUCCAUUUGAGAAUGGGAGGCGCUCCCUUCGGUCCAGCAGGAACAGGCAAAACCGAAUCAGUCAAGGCUCUUGGUUGCCAGUUGGGUUUCUUUGUGCUUGUGUUCAACUGCGAUUAAACUUUCGAUUUCCACGCUAUGGGUCGUAUCUUCAUCGGUCUGUGCCAAGUAGGAGCUUGGGGAUGCUUCGAUGAGUUCAACAGACUGGAAGAACGUAUGUUGUCUGCAUGCUCGCAACAGAUUUUGGUCAUUCAGACAGGUCUUAGGGAAAGACAGAGCAAGAUCGAAUUGAUGGGUAAAGACGUGAAGCUAAACCCUCAGGUGGGCAGCUUCGUCACAAUGAAUCCUGGCUAUGCUGGUCGUUCCAACCUUCCCGAAAACCUCAAACAGCUCUUCAGACAAAUGGCCAUGGUCAAGCCAGACAGAGAACUUAUUGCACAAGUUAUGCUCUAUUCUCAAGGCUACAAGACAGCCGAACAGCUAGCCGGUAAGAUCGUAUCUCUCUUUGAGUUGUGUAACGAUCAGCUCUCCUCACAGCCUCACUACGAUUUCGGCCUCAGAGCAUUGAAGAGUGUCCUUGUCUCAGCCGGUAACAUGAAGCGUGAAGCCAUUCUCAACCUCAAGAAGGAGAAUAUCGAAGUUAGUUCCAUCAAGGGCAGAGAUCUGCAAGAAUUCGAGCAGAAGAUUCUCCUUAGAUCGGUUUGCGAGACACUGGUUCCUAAGCUAAUUGCUGACGAUAUUCCUCUCCUUUCCAACUUGCUUCAGGGUGUCUUCCCUGGCUCAUCCAUUCCCACCAUCAAGGAGCCAUAGCUCCGUGAAAACAUCGUAAAAGUCGCAAAGAUGAUGCUUCUUCAACCAGAAGAGAGUUUCAUCGAAAAAGUCCUUCAACUCUAUCAAAUCCAAAGACUGCACCACGGUUUGAUGAUGGUUGGUCCUUCCGGAUGCGGAAAAUCCAAGGCUUGGCAAGUCCUCAUCAACGCUCUUGAAAGAACCGACAAGAUCAAAGGAGAAAGCUACGUCAUCGAUCCCAAAGCCAUCACCAAGGACGAACUGUACGGUAGACUCGAUAACACUACUUUGGAGUGGACUGAUGGUAUCUUCACAGGAGUCCUGAGAAAAAUCACAUAAAACCAGAGAGGUGAAUCAAGCAGAAGACAUUGGAUCAUCUUCGACGGUGAUGUCGAUCCUGAAUGGGCAGAGAACUUGAACUCAGUCCUCGACGAUAACAAGCUACUCACUCUCUCCAACGGAUAGAGAAUCCAAAUCCCACCCAACGUCCGCAUCAUGUUCGAAGUGGAGACCCUUAAGUACGCCACUUUGGCCACCGUCAGUCGAUGCGGUAUGGUCUGGUUCUCAGAAGAAGUCAUUGCUCCCAGAAUGAUCUUCAACCAUUAUUUAUUGAGACUCAAGCAGGAAGACUAUGAUAAGGUUCCCAAGGUGAUUGAAGAGAAGAAGGAAGAUGAUAGCUCUGCAAACAACAACCUGGAUCCAUCUAAGUUCAUCAGAGAACGAUGCGUACAGGCAGUCUAGUUCCUAUUCGUCAAUGAGGAAUCCUUCUGUGAGAGAUGUUUGACAAUUGCUUCCAAGUUGCCUCACGUUAUGUAGUUCACCAUUAUCCGUGUAACAGAAGCUACUUUUGCCUUGAUUCGCAAGGGAAUCAGCAACGUGCUUGAGUACAAUGACAUGCAUCACGAUAUCCCGAUGGAGGAUGAAGUUUUGGUCAAGUAUAUGCGCAAGUGGACGAUCCAAAGCAUCAUGUGGGGUGUCGGUGGAUCACUUACCCUCAAGGAAAGAGGAAACUUCUCAAGAGCUAUCGUGGAAAUAUUGCCAACCCAUGAAAUACAACUGCCUACCAUGCUCGACCAGGUCGAAGGCCAAGCAGGCGUUCCCUACAUUCUCAUCGAUUUCGAGGUCAGAAUCGAAGAUGGAGAAUGGUCGCUUUGGAAAAAGAAAGUGCCGACUGUCGAAAUCGACCCCCAGAAGGUCACCGAUGCAGAUGUGAUUAUCCCAACCGUCGACACCCUUCGUCACCAGGAAAUUCUUUGCUCUUGGCUUUCAUAGCACAGGCCCUUCCUUUUAUGCGGUCCUCCUGGCUCAGGUAAGACGAUGACACUGAUGUCGACUCUGAAGGCCCUUCCCUAAUUCUAGAUGAUUUUCGUGAACUUCUCCUCAUCGACCAACCCAGGACUGAUCAUGAAGCAGUUCUAGCAUUAUUGCGAGUACAACAAGACAGUGAGCGGCAUCGUUCUCAGACCAAAACAGCCAAGCAAGUGGCUGGUCGUCUUCUGCGACGAAAUUAACUUGCCGGAUGCUGACAAAUACGCAACCAUGACCGUUAUCACCUUCCUCAGACAACUUACCGAGCAGCAUGGCUUCUGGAGGACUACCGAUCGCCAGUGGAUCACACUCGAACGCAUCCAGUUUGUGGGCGCCUGCAAUCCUCCCACCGAUAUCGGUCGUAAGCCUCUCAAUCCCCGUUUCCUCAGGCACUGUCCUCUCAUCCUGGUCGAUUUCCCAGGAUUCGACUCUCUCAAGCAGAUCUUCGGCACUUUCAACAAGGCAAUGCUCAAGAGAAGCGUUCCUCUUCGGCAAUACUCCGAAUACUUGACCAACGCUAUGGUGGAAUUCUACACUGAAUCGCAACGCCACUUCACAGCUGACAUCCAACCGCAUUAUAUCUACUCUCCCAGAGAGCUCACGCGUUGGAAAUAUGCCAUCAAUGAAGCGAUUGAAACGAUUGAUAGCGUUGAUGACUUGGUUCGUCUGUGGGCGCAUGAGGCUUUGAGGCUUUUCGAAGAUAGGCUGGUCUUGGAAGAUGAAAAGCAGUGGUGCGAGAAAUAUGAUUAAGUUGCUCAGAGAAAUUUCCCAUCGAUGAGUCAGUCAGCACUCGAAAGGCCCAUUCUCUUCAGUAACUAUCUUACCAAGAACUAUGUAUCGGUUGACCGUUUGGAACUUAAGAAAUACAUAGAAGCCAGGCUCAAGAUUUUCUACUAAUAACAAUUGAACGUGCCUAUUGUGGUAUUUGACGAGGUUUUGGAACACAUCCUCAGAAUCGACAGAGUGCUUAGGCAGCCUCUUGGUCAUUUGCUUCUAGUCGGCGCUUCAGGAGUCGGAAAAACCACUCUUUCCCGGUUCGUUUCAUGGCUUAACAAUAUCAGCGUCUUCCAGAUCAAGGCAGGCAGAAACUAUUCCCUUCAGGACUUCGAUGAGGACCUUAGAAAUGUGAUGAAAAGAGCAGGUGUAAAACAAGAGAAAAUUUGCUUCAUUUUCGAUGAAUCAAACUGUCUGUCUCCGGCUUUCCUGGAAAAGAUGAAUGCCUUGCUGGCAUCAGGAGAAAUCCCGGGUCUGUUCGAAGGAGAAGAAUACAUGUUGCUUCUGAGUCAGUACAAGGAAUCAAACUCCAAGAACAUUACCAACGACGACGAAAUCUACAAGCUUUUCAUAAAGAAUGUGCAGAGAAACUUGCAUGUUGUCUUCACCAUGAAUCCCAACAAUCCCGACUUCUCCAACAGGACUGCCUCAUCUCCUGCCCUUUUCAACAGAUGUGUGAUCGACUGGUUCGGAGAUUGGUCUGAAGAAGGCCUUUACCAAGUGGCGAAAGAAUUUACUCUUGUGAUUGAUCCAGUUCCUGAGUCGUUUGAUCCUCCAGUGCAGGAGGAUGAGGCUAGACAUGCCAUCCUGAUCAACACCAUCGUGGGCAUGCACAGCACUGUGAUUGAAUUGAAUAAAAAAUUGGCAAAAUCUGCUAAAAAGUUCAACUACAUCACACCCAGAGAUUUCCUCGACUUCAUCAAGCAUUUCGUUGAACAGUACAAUGAUAAAAAAUCCAUGUUGGAGGAUCCAUUCCAUCUAAACGUCGGUCUUGAUAAACUCAAACAAACUGAAACCCAAGUCCUGGAGAUGCAAGGCAGUUUAGAUCUCAAAAAGGCAGAGCUUUAAAAGAAAGAAAAGUAGGCCAGCGAAAAAAUGACGCUGAUCGUCCAGGAGAAGACCAAAGCCAAAGAGAAACAAGAUUAGAGCUCAAAGCUUAAGGUGGUCUUGGAGGCAAAGCGAAUCGAAAUUCACUAGAAAAAGACAGCAGUUUAGGCAGAUUUGGCCAAAGCAGAGCCUGCUCUCCUCGCCGCCAAAAAGAACGUCGAAAACAUCAGCAACAACGAUCUCAACACAAUCAAGAGUUACAGCAAACCUCCAGCCAAUGUGGAACUGGCAUUAAAGCCUAUCUACUACAUGAUCAACAAGGAUCCUAAGUUCCUUCCCAAGGGAGGCAAGGAGGUGACUUGGGCAGAGAUCAAGAGUCUUAUGUCUAACAACUUUACCAAGCAGAUCCAGGAGCUCAAGGCUGACGACAUCCACGAAAAGGUGAAGGACUACGUGCUUAAGGAAUUCAUCAGGUCGGACAACUGGAAACUUGAAGCCAUCACCAAGGCAUCCAGUGCAGCUGGUGCACUGGCAGGCUGGGCAUAGUCUCAGCUGGCAUACGCUGACAUCCUUACCAGAGUCGACCCCAUGAAGAAAGAAAUCGCCAAACUGCAGGAAGAGGGAAGCAGUCUUGAAAAACAGUCACAAGAACUUGCAAACACCAUCGAAUUAGAGAAAAAGACGAAAUUGUUGGAGCAACAGUAUGAGACAUUGAUCAGAGAGAAACAGGAAAUCGUGACUGAUAUGGCAAAGGUCGAGGAUAAAGUGACAAGAAGUAAGAGGCUGCUCAACAACCUUUCCUCUGAAAAAUACCGUUGGGAGGACACAAGCAAAAAUUUCAAAGUUCAGUUGGCUUCAGUCUUGGGUGACGUUUUCCUUUCAUCAGCUUUCCUCGCUUACAUCGGUUUCUUCGACCAUUACUACAGAAAAAUGCUCAACCAUGUCUGGAGAGGAAAUCUUUCCAACAACCGCGUUAAGUACAGAGAGGAGCUUUCACUCAUCGAAUUCUUGUCAAAUCCCAACGAACGCCUUGUCUGGAGAUCUCAAAUGCCCUCUGAUGAUCUCUGCACAGAGAAUGCAAUCAUCAUGAAACGGUACCACAAGUAUCCUCUGAUCAUCGAUCCUGCAGGCCAAGCCAUGGAAUACUUGCUUUCCCUCCGCGAUAAGAGCUUCAUCCUUUCGUCGUUUGCUGAUGACGCCUUCCUCAAAAACUUGGAAAAAUCUUUGAGGUUCGGUCGUCCUCUAAUCGUGCAGGACGUGGAGAAAAUCGAGCCAAUUCUAAACUCAGUCCUCAACAAGGAAGUCUACAAGACAGGAGGAAUGGUGCUGAUCCGUGUGGGUGACCAAGAGAUUGAUUUCAAUCCCAAUUUCACCAUGUUCAUGAUCACCAGAAACAGCAACGCCAAGUUCACACCCGACCUCUGCUCCAGAGUUACCUUUGUCAACUUCACCAUCACUUCCUCAUCGCUGGAAGACCAAUGCCUCAACAUUUUCCUCAGAAACGAAAGGCCAGACGUCGAAGAGAAACGCUUGAGCUUGAUGAAGAUACAAGGAGAAUACAUUGUCAAACUGAGAGAACUUGAGGAUUCUUUGCUUGAUGCCUUGAGCAACGUCCAAGGAUCCAUUCUGGAGAGCGAAUCUGUGAUUUCCACUUUGGAAAAAUUGAAGACAGAGGCAAGCAAGAUCACUGAGGAGAUGAAGAAGUCUAACGUCAUCAUGAGCGAAGUCGAAAACGUGACUAAUGGAUACAAGCCAAUCGCCGAAGCUGCCAGCAAGGUCUACUUUGCACUAGAGUCCAUGUCUGCCCUUCACUAUCUCUAUGAGUAUAGUCUCACCUUCUUCAUGGAUACCAUUCUUAAAUUGCUCGAUUCCGAUGAGAAAUUGAAGAAAAUCGAUAGAAAGGACUAUGAGAAGAGAAAAGACUCCAUUUAUAACUCUAUUUUCGAAAAGAUUUUCCUCAGAGUUGCCAACUCUCUUCUCUCUAAGGAUCUCAUCAUCUUCUGCCUCAAGCUGGUCUCAAUUAAGCUGAAGAGCGAGGAAAAGGGACUCUUUGACGCCCUCAUCAGGCCCACUACCAUCCUUUCCACCCGUCUUUCCAAGCAGUUCCUUGAGGGCCACCUCAACGAAGAACAGCUCAAGCAGAUUUAAGAACUUACUGACCAUCCCGUCUUCAUGAAUCUUAUCGAGAACAUCGAAAACGAUGAAAGGAAUUGGCUUGAUUUCCUCAACAGCGCCAAUCCUGAAGAGAAAAUCCCUAGAAUAAAGUCAGAGGCUUCACCUUUGGGUAAACAGCUUAUCAAUCUCAUCCUUAUCAAGGUCUUUAGGCCUGAUAAAUUCAAUCCAAUUGCAUAUCAGUUGGUUAAAGCAGUCCUGGGAGAAGAAUGUCGUGAGGACUACACUGCAGACUUCAAGAGCAUGAUUUUGGCCUGCAAAUCAAAAGAACCAAUCCUACUUUCCAGUGCUCCUGGAUUUGAUCCCAGUUUCAAGGUGGAGCAGCUAAGCAAAUAAACCAACUCUAAGCUGCUUUCAGUGGCCAUCGGAAGCGCUGAAGGAUUCGAGCUUGCCGACAAGGCCAUCAAGGAGGGUGUCAAGACCGGCAGCUGGAUCAUGCUAAAGAAUGUCCAUCUUGCUCCCAGCUGGCUCUCAGAACUGGAGAAGAAAAUCCACGUCUUGGCUCCUCAUGCCAACUUCAGACUCUUCCUCACUGCUGAAUUUUCACCAAAAAUUCCUUCUACUUUGAUCAGACAAUCAUACAAGCUGGUCUUCGAGCCUGCAGCUGGAAUCAAAGCAUCCCUUAUCAGAACCUACAAGACAGUUUUAUCUCCAGCCAGAUCAGACCGCCUCCCUGUGUAGAGAAGCAGACUUCACUUCUUGCUUGGCUGGCUGCACGCCGUCAUUCUGGAAAGACUUCGAUACACUCCAAUCGGUUGGACCAAGGUUUACGAGUUCAACGAGGCCGACCAGAGAUGCGGUUUGGAUCUAAUCGACGAGUACAUUGACGCCAUGGGAUCAAGGAACAACAUCGAUAUCAACAAGAUUCCUUGGGACGCUUUCAAGACCAUCCUGAUUGAAAACUUGUACGGAGGUAAGGUGGACAACGAGUAUGACAGCAAGAUCUUGGUCAGUUUGGUUUAAAUGUUCUUCACUCCUGAAUCAUUCGACUCCAGUUAUCCCCUCUACAAGACCGAAGACCCAGGAGAGACCAUCCUCAGAAUGCCAGACGGUAUCAAAUACUCGCAAUUCCUCAACUGGGUAUAGAAAAUGCCAGAUCUGGAAAGCCCCACCUGGAGCGGCCUUCCUCCCAACGUCGAAAAACUGCUAAAGACAUCCGAAACAGCAAGAGCCAUCACAUAGCUCCACAAGCUGCAAGACGUCAACGAGGAAUAAGUCACUCUCGAGAAGAAAAAAGAGGAGAAAAAGAGCAGCCAACUCAAGUGGCUCUCAGAAGUCAACGAAAAAGUUACAAAAUACAUUCAGAUCCUCCCAAGAGAAGUUACCAAGCUGGAAAGGACUGAGGAACUCAUGAACAAUCCGCUUUUCCGAUUCUUGGAAAGAGAAGUCACAGUGGCUACUAAGUUGCUCAACACGAUUAUCAAGUACAGUGGAGACAUCCAGGAGAUGUGCAACGGCAAGACCCUUGCCACCAACGUCUUAAGAGAGCUUUGCAAGGAAAUCCACUCCGACUCUGUUCCCAAGAUGUGGGUCAGCUUCAUCAUCGAUAACACGAUCAACCUGACCAGCUACAUCAUCGACCUCCAGAAGCGCUUCGAACAGUUCAACAGAUUGAUUGCUAGUCGUUCCUACCAGAGCUCUGGUGUUUGGUUCGGUGGUCUCCUCUUCCCUGAAGCCUACAUGACCGCCACCAGGCAGUUCGUUGCGCAAAGGAAUGGCUGGUCGCUGGAGGAGCUUGAACUGCAGACCGAAAGAUACAGCAACCAGGAUCUUAACGAAGAAUCACUGCUGAUGACUGGCAUGAGAAUUGAAGGAGGAAACUGGUCAUAAAACAACGUCAUCGUUCCUAUCGGCGAAAAGGAGGCGAUCGGUAAGCCUCUUCCGCAAAUGCUGAUGAGGUGGAGAAAGGUGGCAUCGAAGACGGUUUAAGCUGACGAGAUGAUGGUGCCUGUCUAUCUCAACAGGACAAGGAAGAACCUCAUCAUGAGUUUGAAGGUGAAAUGCGGUAAGAACAAGACCACACUCUACCAGAAGGGUAUCGCGAUUAUCCUUUGGACCAAUUGA